AUGUACUUGGUUUAUGGCGUAAAUUUUUUGUUUCUUUUCAACUUUCCGCCAAAAAGCAAAAGGCGGCAAAACGAAUUCUUCCCCUCUUUUAUUUUUCACUUUGGUUCUAGGUUUUCCCUCUCUACACAGUUAGAACUGAAUUUGGUAGAUUUUAAUCAUCCUGAGGCCAUCAGAGAUAUCUACAAAGUAGAUAUACCUAUUUUCUACUCCAAGUGUCUCCAAUUAGUACAAGAUUCAAGACUUGAGCUUCAAUUUCUCGUGGAAAAGGACAUGUCGUUGAGUUCUCCCAGUUUCCAGAAUUCCCUAUCACAGGGUAGUAGGUACCGGAGGAGGUGGACCUUAGUAUGGAUCAGUUUAUUGACUUGUGCAUUCUAUGUGGAUGUGAUCACUGUGAUGGCAUCCGAGGGGAAUGGAGAGAGGGUUAGGCCAACAACUGAUGCCAAUUCUAGAGUCUGUCUUGAGUGUUGGAUUGGUGGAGGCAUGGAUGCAUGUGGUAUAUGGUGCAUGUUAAAUUGGACAUAACAUAGCUUAAUGCUUGGGUGCUUCGUCGCUUUACAAGGCAAGAUGCAGAUUCAAUUGGAAUCAAGAAAGUUCGUGGAAAGCUAGAAGAAAGGUCUUGCAAAAUGAAGUAGUCUAUUGGGAAAAAAUUGAUAUCAGAGAUCUAGUUGGUAAAGGAAAGUCUAUUAAGGCAAUUCACAAAUUAGCUAUCAAUGGAGUUGGGAAUAACAACUCAAAUAUUCUUUUGCUUCAAACAAGCAAUGAGCUCACAAGAUAGGAGAGAGACUCAACUACAUUGUAUUUUUCAAACUAAUCACAUUUUUGUCACAAGACAUUAUUUUGUCAUAAAUUGUGACAAUAUAGUAUUUGUCCUAGAAUUGCCUUCUAAUCAUUAAUAUAAUUCAUUCUUUAAGUACAAAUUAAAUUUGUAUGUUAUCACAA